AUGACGACCAACUCAUUCGGCGGACCUCUCCCAUUCCAGGUCCAGCGACCAAUGCCCGCCAUCUCCAGGCAAGCGAGGAUCGCGAAAGCCGUCCCCUGGGCUCUCGUUGCCACAACCGCAGGAGCUGCGGCCCUUUAUGUUUACGGAUCUCAGACCACAUCAGGCACCGCGCUGCGUAGCUUCAGCAUGGCUGCGACAGGCCGCAAUGUGCCCGUGGAAGCUCCCUUGUCAGCAAAAGAAGAGCAAGAGCUAAACGACAAAGUUGCGAGGAGCUUCAACACCUAA